AGCACUGCAGCUUCUUAUAAUACACUCUAAACUUGACUCCAUUUUCUUAUACUUGCCUAAAUUAGAUUCUAAGGUCAAACUACCAAAUUAAUGGAGUUACUCAAAUGGGUGUUCUUGAUUUCUAGCAUCUGCAUGUUUUUUUCAACACCCACCUUGUCAAAUUCAUUUCUGACUGAAGGGUUGACUCAAAUCCCUCUAAAUUUCCUCAAUUUUGCAAAAAGAAAUGAUCUUGUAGACUAUAUGAUAAGAAUCAGGAGAAAGAUUCAUGAAAACCCUGAACUUGGUUAUGAAGAAUUUGAGACUAGUCAGCUUAUAAGAACUGAACUUGAUAAAAUGGGAAUAUCUUAUAAGCACCCUUUUGCUGUAACUGGUGUUGUUGGCUUCAUUGGAAGUGGUGAUCCUCCUUUUGUUGCUCUAAGAGCUGAUAUGGAUGCUUUGGCUAUGCAGGAGGAAGUGGAGUGGGAGCACAAAAGUAAAAUUCCUGGAAAGAUGCAUAGUUGUGGGCAUGAUGCUCAUGUUGCGAUGCUUCUUGGAGCAGCAAAGAUGCUUCAAGAGCACCGGAAUGAUAUAAAGGGAACCAUAGUUCUGGUUUUUCAACCAGCUGAGGAAGGAGGUGGAGGAGCCAAGAAAAUGCUAGAUGACGGGGCACUUGAAAAUGUUGAAGCCAUCUUUGGGCUGCACAUAUCAAGCAAUUAUCCUCUAGGUAAAAUCGCCUCUCGGCCUGGACCAAUUUUAGCUGCUAGUGGUUACUUUGAGGCUGUAAUUAGCGGAAAGGGUGGUCAUGCAGCUAUUCCCCAGCACACAAUUGACCCAAUCUUAGCAGCUUCGAAUGUUGUUGUUAGUUUGCAACAUCUUGUUUCACGUGAAGCCGAUCCCUUGGAUUCCCAGGUUGUAACAAUUGGGAAGUUCCAAGGCGGGGGAGCAUUCAAUGUUAUUCCAGAUUCAGUUACAAUUGGUGGAACAUUUAGAGCAUUUUCGAAAGAGAGUUUUGAAAAAUUAAAAGGGAGGAUCACAGAGGUUAUUACAGGACAAGCUGCUGUGCAGAGGUGCAAAGCAAGUGUCAGCUUCGGAAAAAACUUUUACCCUGUAACUGUGAAUAACGAAGACUUGCACGAGCAUUUCCAAACGGUUGUGAAGGACGUGUUAGGAGCAGAGAACCUUAAAGAAAUGCAACCACUAAUGGGAGCAGAAGACUUCUCGUUUUUUGCAGAGGCUAUUCCAGGAUACUUUUAUUUUGUCGGAAUGCAUAAUGAGACCCAAGGAAAACCUGAAUCAGGUCACUCCCCUUACUACACCGUUAAUGAAGGUGCAUUACCAUACGGUGCUGCUCUACAUGCAUCAUUGGCGACAAGGUACCUCCUUGAAAACCAACCAAAGUCAAUUUCACAGGAUAAAAGAAUUCACGAAGAACUGUAAUUUAGUAUCGAGUAAAUUUAUGAAACUACUUCCUCUGGAAUUAGGAACUAAAUUCAAAUAUUACAAAACUAGAAAUGAACCUAGGAAGAAAGCACUCAUGUUGCACCUUAAUUAUUCUGUCAGACGAUGUUGGAUGUAAUUCCUGUGAGCAUGCUCGUUUAGAUCACUUUGUCAGUGGUACUUUGCAGGGCGAGCAUGUAUUUAAUGAUUUCUUCAGCAUUUGUGCGUA